CCUAUAGCUGAACGAGCGCGUGACAUCCAGGGAAACCCGAGCAACCACAUACACACCCCAACUUAGCGACCGGUGCUGCGCGUGCUACCGUGCCUCGCCUCUGGAAGAAGCUCACCUGGCUGCCUCUGAUGGAGACCAGACAACAAGAGUCGUACUCUAGUGUUCUGAGUGAAGCAGUAGUGGACUGGGGCAGCAUGGGUCCUGGAGAGGAAUGGGUUAAUUCAGCCACACACAAGGGGGAGCAGGGCUUUCUUGACUCUGGGUCACUGAGAGAGGCUGAUGAAGAUAUGGCGUCAGAAGUCAACCUAAACAGCUCCACCCUGACAGAGGAGGAGAGAGAGGAGAUACAGCAAGAACUUGCCAAACUGGAAGACGAGAUUAAUACACUGAAGCAGGUUUUGUCGUCCAAAGAGAAGCAGCAUGCAGAACUCAAACAGAAACUGGGCAUCACUCCUCUGAGCGAACUCAGAAACAACUUCAGCAGAGGCUGGCAUGACAUGCAGAGCUCCACAGCCUAUAAGAGGACAUCAGAGACGCUGUCCACAGCAGGACAGAGAACCUCUGCAGCCUUCAACACCUUCAGCAGCACCAUCACCAGGAAGAUUGGAGACAUGAGCUAUUCUGUCAGGCAGUCUAUGAGCAUGCCCACCAUGAGAAACUCUCCUAGCUUCAGGUCAUUUGAGGAGAAAGUUGAGACUACAGUGUCCACUCUCAAGACAAAGGUUGGAGGUACAGGGACUGGAGGCAGUUUUGAAGAAGUCCUUUCCUCCGCAGCAAACGCUAGCUCUCACGACACACCCACUAACAGCUUCAUGGCCAGCUCUGAGGGGCCAUGUUAGAGCUGCAUCGGAAGCAGGACUUAAACCAGGAACUGUAUGGCAGCACUGUCACAUAUCUACUCAAGGUUUUGACUGAAAUGUUCUAGAAUACUUU